CUCAACACCUCAAGACAUCUCUUUCAAAACUAUUUGUCAUUUGAGCUCUGCUGUGUGACUGUGAGUGGGCUUUAAUCCAGGAUGAAUGAAUGCUACUAUGAUAAACGCAUGGACUUUUUCUAUAACAGGACAAACACUGACACAGUAGAUGAGUGGACAGGGACACAGCUUAUUGUUGUUCUGUGUUUUGGGACAUUUUUCUGCCUCUUCAUUUUCAUUUCAAAUUCAUUGGUAAUAGCAGCUGUGGUCAAGAACAAGAGGUUUCAUUUUCCCUUUUACUAUCUCCUGGCCAACUUAGCUGCUGCAGACUUUUUUGCUGGAAUUGCCUAUGUCUUCUUGAUGUUCAACACUGGCCCCGUGUCCAAGACGUUAACUGUUAACCGCUGGUUUUUGCGUCAGGGCCUUCUGGACACCAGCCUGACGGCUUCCCUGGUGAACCUCCUUGUCAUAGCUGUCGAGCGGCACAUGUCGAUAAUGCGGAUGAAGAUCCACAGCAAUCUCACAAAGAAGAGAGUCACCUUUUUAAUUAUAUCCAUUUGGGCCAUUGCUAUUUUCAUGGGUGCUGUUCCUACCCUGGGCUGGAACUGCCUCUGUGACAUUACUGUCUGCUCAUCCCUGGCACCUAUUUACAGCAGAAGUUACCUGGUGUUCUGGAGUGUCUUAAACCUAGUGGUUUUCUUCAUUAUGGUGGUGGUUUACAUAAGAAUCUACAUGUAUGUCCAGAGGAAAACUAACAUUUUGUCAUCGCACACUAGUGGAUCCAUUAGCCGUAGGAGAACCCCUGUGAAGCUUAUGAAGACUGUCAUGACUCUCUUAGGUGCCUUUGUUGUCUGCUGGACUCCUGGUCUGGUUGUCUUACUACUUGAUGGUCUGAACUGCACCGAUUGUGGAAUUCAGAAUGUUAAAAGGUGGUUCCUUCUCCUGGCCCUGUUGAACUCUGUCAUGAAUCCAAUAAUUUAUUCAUACAAAGAUGAUGAGAUGUGGGGUACCAUGAAAAGGAUGAUUUGCUGCUCCUCUGAGGAUAAGGGUCAGGAAAGGCGCUCGUCACGGAUUCCCUCCACAGUUCUUUGCAGGAGCACAGACACCUCAGGGCACUACAUUGAAGAUGGCAUCAUUCAAGGGACAAUUUGUGGAAAAGGAGAUCUGGGUGACAAAGGAAACUUCUGA